AUGGAACUUCGUACGCUACGAGGAAGCAAGAUCAUAAUCGAUGAUUUAUCCCGAAUAGCAUUGGCCAAUGUGGAUGAUGCACCAGAAAUUGUCAACGCUGUACGGCAGCGCAUUGAGCACUCUUCACAAAGCGAAAAAAUCUUGUCAAUGUAUGUGUUGGAUAGUCUUGCCAAGGAGGGGAAUCCUUACAAUAUUCUAUUUGGCAGUAUUAUAUAUGACGUAUUCACUUAUGCAUAUGUUCAUGUUGGUGAUGGAUACUUGAAAGAUGGGGUAUCGUUUCGUAAGGCAUUAAUGAAUCUACUAGAGACAUGGUACGAGCAUCGCAAUGAACAAGGUGAAGUCUUUUAUAAAGCAGUCUUCCCCAAGGAGGAACUUGAUAAAAUCCAAAGUUUUAAACAAAAAGUUGCCCGAGUUGAGAGCAAAGAUGACCCAGGAGCUUUGCGACAACAAUUUCCUAGAAUAAAUUCGCAUAUAUUGUUUGAUAGAGGCUUGACUGCUUUGGCUUUAGUUAACCGAAUGAACAGAGAUUUGGAUAUUUACAAGUUGGAUCAAAAAUUUAUCGAAGAAAAGGAGAUGCAACAGAUGGAUAUUUUUGAAAAGGAGAGGAACCAGAUUGUUAGUAUAGUGAACAAUUGUCUUGAUAAUGUUGAGGUAUUUGAGCGGGAUCUCCAGAAUAUUGACGGUGGUAAACUACGACCGACAAGUCAAGAUAUUCAAACCACGUUUCAACAGUACUUUAUCACCAUUGAGGAUUCACUAAAAACUUUAAAUGAAAAUGGAGUCCGUCAAGUGGAAUUCUUGAUUGAGCUUAGAAGAAGAAUGCAGGAACGUGUUUCACAGACGCAAAAAAGGCUGCGCCGGUCGGAAACAAAAGAGAUGAUAAAUAAAUACAUUACAGCCAACUUUGUUUCCAUUUGUAAGGAACCCAAGAGACAGUUCUUCUCCACAUCGAAUUCAAAUGAAUUCGACCAGUUUAUUAAAAGUUUUGGCAAAGCGGUAACAAAGAAAAUCAAAGUCGAAAUCCCUGGACUCGAUUCCUCAAUGACGACAGUAAAGGAUGAGAAAAAGGAAAGUGAACACGACGGAACGUCAACACUUGAACACACCCAACUGGCUGGUCAAACAGGUUUGCUGGACCAAUCAAAACAAACAGAACAACCUGCACAAAGCUUUGAUAUUUUGGGCUUCUUCCCUGGACUAAGCAGUUCCGUAUUUGGAAAGCCGAAAGAAGCACCCAUGUUUACUAACAAAGAAACACUUGUAUCUGCAGAUGAUCCUCAACAAAGCAAAACUCUCAAUAAUAGUGAUGAUGAACGACAAAUAAGAAAAUCAAAUCCGAAAGUUGAGAGUGACAAGGUAGAUACUUCCAAUUCAGAUGUUGACCCUUUUGUAAGAAAAAGUAUUGAAAAGGAAAAUGUUUCUUUAGAAAAAAAGACACUAAAUCUGCAAGUUGAGAAUACGGGAAUCCCAUCGUCAAUUGGAGACGAACCGCUAGUAUCUCAAACCGUCGCAAAUGGAGAUAAACAACAAGUUGCACAGAAAUCGGACUCUGAUUUUAAUUCCAAUAACGUUAAUGAUGAUGGUGAUAAUACUGACAAUGACAAUGACAAUGACAAUGACAAUGACGAUGACGAAAAAGAAAAAGCAGAGGAAGAUGACGAUGAUGAUGAACUAUACAGUCCAGUUGCAUAUUCUCCAGAAGAUUCUUUCGAACCUACAUGUCGUAUCCCUACAAUGGUUACAUCAAAAGAGAGUACAGAAGUUCAUAAUUCUGUCGCUUUGCUGACAUCAGCUGGUGAAUCAAGUGAUCAACAUAUAAAAUCACUAGGAAAUGCAAACUUGAGUGAUGAUAGAGGAAUCAGUAAACAAAAUUCAUCUGAGUCGAAUGAACCCAAUACUAAUAGUUUUAUCGGCGUAUCUCCAGGAGACAAAGAUAUAGAGCCACUAAAAGUUUUGAAUAGCAGCGACACACCCCUCAAAAAGUCCUGUUUAAAGAGACGUGCUGGUACUACGAAUACCUCUGUUGCUGAUGGUAAAGAUGGAGAAAGCACGAGAUCCGUAAAAAGAGUAAGGUUUGUUGUUACUGAGUAA